AUGGAAACAAAUGUUAAUAAUCAAAUUGAUAACAAUGAACAAAAUUCUACACUUGAAAAAUUAUUACAACAAUUAAAAGAUUCAAAUGAUCUUGGUAAUGAGAUAAUUGUCAAUCUACCGAUAUUAAAAGUAGAAUUAGAAAAUUAUCCGAUUGGCAAAUCUGGUUUCAUAGAAUUGAUUGUCGACAUUAUGAAUAUUUAUGAUAACAUAGCACCAGAUCAAUUAUUCUAUGAUGGGUUUCGAAUUUUAGCAAAUCUGUGCGUUUCUAAUGACGAAAAUCGUAGGAAAAACUUGGAAAGUGGAAGCAUUGAUUUAGCAAUACGUCACAUAAGACAAUACGAUGGUUCGUGUAAUGAAUCGAAUGUGAUAAGAACUGCUUUGGCAUUAUUAUUAAAUUCGGGUGCUAACAAUGAUGAUAUCAACGAAAAGAUAUUAAAGGAAGGUGGGUUGACAUUACUUGCAGAUUUAGUUGAACCUAAAAUAAUUCAACAGAAUGGAGAUCAAACUGGAUCUAAACACACUACUGAUAUUACUGUUGUAAAUUAUGCUACAAGAGUUAUAGUGAAUCUAGUGGAUUCUGGUUUACUUGCUUUACCUGAUAAAAAAGAUUCAGAGAGUGAAAAAAUCCAAAAAAUGAUAUCAUCUUUAGUAAAAUCUUUAAUUAAAUUUAUCGAUUGGACUGCCACAAAAGAUACUCCAUCUGAAAUUAAUCAGAUAUUGGAAAAUGUCAUUGAUAUUUUAGAGCUAGUCGCUAUGGAAAAUGGAUCGAUACAUUAUAUGAUUGUAAAUGAUCGUUUAUUUGAAAAUUUAUUAAAUUUUCUAAGCCAAUCAAAAUCUCAUAAUGAUUGUAAAGCUGUUAUAUUGAAAUUGAUAGUUAAAAUUACAACAUGUGAUGAAAAUAUGGAUUUAUUAUUUCAAGAUUCAACUAUAUUUAAUAAAUUUUUAACAUGGUUAAAUCUAAAACCUAAAAAUAAUGAUCUUCAGAUGUGUGCAGCUUUAUGUAUAGGAAAUUUGGCUAGGAAUGAUAAAAAUUGUGAAAAGUUGGUAAAAGAUUAUGAAAUUAUGAAACCGUUAUUGGAAAUUCUUAAAACUGCUGACAGUGUCAAACUACAACAUUCUAUAGUUAGCACAAUUAAAAAUUUAUCACUACCAGCUGUUAAUAAGGACAUUAUUGGAUCACUUGGUGUAAUUGAAUUCACGGCGACAUUAUUAAAAAACGAUGUUGUGCCUCUUCAAAUAGCCAUAAUUGGAAUAUUUAAACAUUUAUCUAAUAAAAACGUGAUAAAUUCCAAAAAAAUAAUUAUGGGCAGCAAUAAUAUCAAUAAUGAUAAUUCAGAAGAACCAACGCCGCUUUCUCAUGUUUUAGCAUUAAUUCAACGAACUGAUGAUAUAACAAUAAAAAAUGAGGUGGUAAAUACAAAUGGCACUAUACUAACAUCGUCUUCUGAUGUGUUGCCGUCAUCAUCUGCUGAUGAUAAUUCAUCAGAAUUAACGCCAUUAUUAAGUUCUUUACUUAAUAUACUUCAAAAUAAUGAAAAUAAAUAUCCAGAAGAAAUUAAAAUUAAUGUUUGCAUAUUAUUAGAAAAAGCUUCUAAAAAUUCUUGUGGUGAUGUAUACUCUCAUGAGCGUAGAGGUUUAGGAGGAAGCAUAACACAAGAAUGGAAAAGUUUUGAUUUCUUUCCUGCUGAAUCGUUCGCUGAACCUCAUGCACGUCAGAAUCCUCAUGAUCUCUAUAUUGAACAAAUGAAUUAUGAAGGUGUUGUAAAAAUUUGGACAGGAAUAAAAAGAGACGGUGGUGGAAUAACAUUUUACGAAUUAUAUUCAAAAACCUUGAAAGAACUAGAAGAAAAUGCAGUAAAGGCAAAAUCUACAAGAUCCAAAAAUAAAUUAAAAGUGCAGGAAACAGAUGAUCAUGAGCAACAACUUCGUGUAAUUAAAAAAUAUAAGAUGUUAGAAGAAACAACAAAAUACCCCUGGAAAUUAAACAUCAAAAGAAAACAAAUCAUUGUUAUUGAGAAACUAAAUUAUCAUAUAAAGAAUGAUAAUCUUAGAAAACUUGCUUUCAAUAAUCCCUUUUUAUCAUGUGUUAUUGAUCUUGAUUGUAUAAGCAAAUUACUUGUUAACAUAUUUUCUAGAGAAGAACUUGAAUGUAUGAACAUUUGUGAAAAGAUGAGAUCAUGGAAAACCAUAGAAAAUGUUCUUAAAUUAUGGAUUAAGCAAUUAUCAGAAUUAGGACAAUCAACUUCCUAUCCAGAUAUCCCAAGCAAUUUAUCCGAAGAAAAAAAAGAAGUAUUUCUCUAUAUUUUAGAGAUGUUUAAAAAAUUGAGUUUUGACUAUCAUUGGCAAUCAAUUUGGAAAAUUAGAAGAUAUGACAAUAAAUUAAAUGGUGAUUCAGAAAUCUUGGAAAAUACAUUUAUUCAUGAAAUUAUGCAUGAUAUAAUAUAUGAAACUGUUCAAAAGUGUAGUUCUCAUAUCAGGAUUGACUGGGAUACAAAAAUGUGUGAUGAAGGGAAUGAAAACAUAAGGUUUGAUUACGAUUUGUGGAUCUUAAAUAUGUCGGAUAAAGAAAAAAAAGCAUGCCGAAAUAAGUUUAAAUCAAAAUUGAAGCCUGAUUGGAUUUCAUCAUUUCUCAUCAAUGAAACUAAAUUUGAAUUUAUAUAUGGAGAGGCAACUGGUCCUCCGUUUUUACAAGAUCAAAUAAAAAUUGAACAAGAUAGAAGAAAGUUAAUACGAUACUUAAGAAAAUGUAAUAAAUCAGUGAAAAGCAAAUUAAAUAUGCAUAUGUCUUUAGUUGUUGAUGAUAACUUGAUCAAUAAAAUAAAGAGAACAUCAUUAAAAAUAUUAUAUUACAAUAGUAAUUAUGAAGUUGGGCAUGUUAUGCAACUUUUUGAUGUAUUAAUUCCAUUAAGUUCUUAUUCAGAAUCACAAUCUGUAUGUAACUAUUUAUAUGGACUAAUUAUUUUCAGAAAUGCUGUAUUAGAUUCAGUAAGAGAAUUUGAAGAAUUUGAAGAUGUGUUGAAAUAUAGAAAUGUUUUUGAAAAUACACUACAAGUAGAUAUUAGUGAUGAUGAUGAUCUAAUUUAUCCUUCACCAAAAAAACAAAGAGGAUAUUUGACUGAUAGUACUCCUUCAUUUCACUAG